AAAAAAGAAACCGCCGAAGGAUUUGCCGCAUUGUGGCUGGCUGGCAGCAAGACCCGAACUCUGACUUCCUUUUGAUAUUCGCUUUCAAUUUCAAUCUCAACAAGACUUCUCGCUUUGUCGCCGGGAUUUUCUGCCGGCGACGUAGCCAGUUCGAAGCGUCCUUCAACUGGGAAAAAGGAAAGCUGCUACCUUUGGUAGUUCUUUCCAGGGCUCUGGUUUAGUAAAGGCACUCUGCUUUGCCUUGCUGUUCUAGGCCUUCCACUGUCGGGGUCGAGAAAUCGGGUUGCACUCCGAUUGUGGAGUUCCCGGCGGGAUCUUUCUUCAGAGUCGGCGGUUCGGCCCCGUGAACAGGUAAAAUAAGUAGAGUUUGCGGCUUUUAGAACACUCUCUGUUAUUUUCUAUGGAAUAUUCAAAUAGAAAGAAAUUUUUUUUGGGUAGUUUGUUUGUCUGGGUAAAAUGCUGAAGAGGGGAAGCCGUCAUAGAAAGAACGGCACAGUCUGUUUGGUUUCGGGGGAAAACAGAGAAGCCUCUGUUCUUGCUUCUUAGAGUGAAAUUAAGUUUCAAUGGCUGCGUAAUUGCAGUUUGAUUGAAAAGGGUGCGUCUUUAUCUUACUAGAAGAUAGUUUUCCCAAUUGGGUUAUGAAACUUCAUACGAUUUUUCUUUUCUUAUGAAAACUCAAACAUGAAAAAAGAGAAAAACUUAUGAAUUCCCACCAUUCUGUUUUGAUUAAACAGGGACUCUCUUUUCAAUCGCAGGAAACAGGUUCCUGAGCAAAGUUGCUGUGAACAUUAGCCAUGGCGACAAUAAGUGAUAUAGGCGUAUCAGCAGGCAUCAACAUACUCAGUGCAUUUGUUUUCCUCGUUGUAUUCGCCGUGCUUCGAGUUCAGCCGUGGAACGAUAGGGUCUACUUCCCCAAAUGGUACCUCAAGGGUUUAAGGACUAGUCCGAUUGAAUCGGGGACACUCGUUGGGAAGUUUGUGAAUUUGGACUUCAGAUCAUAUCUCAAGUUUCUCAAUUGGAUGCCUGAAGCUCUUCGAAUGCCGGAGCCGGAGCUAAUUGAUCAUGCUGGGCUGGACUCUGCUGUUUAUUUGAGGAUCUACUUGUUGGGGCUUAAGAUAUUUGUGCCAAUUGCAGUUCUGGCUUUUUCAAUUUUGGUGCCAGUAAAUUGGACAAAUAAUACAUUAGAGAAGACUGAUUUGACUUUCAGUGACUUGGAUAAGCUUUCUAUAUCCAACAUUCCACUUGGAUCACCAAGGUUCUGGACCCAUUUGGUGAUGGCUUAUGCCUUCACUUUCUGGACAUGCUAUGUGCUAAAGAGGGAGUAUGCAACUGUGGCUUCAAUGCGGUUGCAUUUCCUUGCAUCAGAACAUCGUCGCCCUGAUCAAUUCACGGUACUUGUUAAAAAUGUGCCUCCAGAUCCUGAUGAAUCAGUUGGUGAACUUGUAGAGCAUUUCUUCUUAGUCAAUCAUCCAGACCAUUACCUCACUCAACAGGUUGUUUACAAUGCUAAUAAAUUCUCCAGCUUAGUCGCCGAGAAGAAAAAAUGUCAGAAUUGGCUAGACUACUACCAAAUCAAAUACUCAAGAAAUCCUUCUACGAAACCCACAACAAAGACUGGUUUCCUUGGCAUUUGUGGAGCAAGGGUGGAUGCAAUCGACCACUACACAUCUGAGAUUGCGAGAAUAUCAGGAGAAAUCUCAACGGAGAGAGAGAAGGUGGUGAGCAACCGGGAUGCAAUCAUGCCAGCUGCAUUUGUUUCCUUUAAAACAAGAUGGGCUGCUGCCACUUGUGCACAAACACAGCAAUCCAGGAAUCCGACACAAUGGCUGACUGAAUGGGCUCCUGAACCCCGGGACGUGUACUGGGACAACUUGGCCAUACCAUAUGUUUCACUCGCGAUCAGGAGGCUCGUCAUUGGUGUCGCGUUCUUCUUCCUCACCUUCUUUUUCAUGAUCCCAAUCUUAUUUGUGCAGUCCCUUGCAAAUAUUGAGGGAAUUGAGAAAGCAGUUCCAUUUCUGAAACCAAUCAUUGAGAUGAAAGUCAUAAAGUCUGUUAUCCAAGGUUUCCUUCCUGGACUCGCUCUCAAGUUGUUCCUCAUCUUUCUCCCCUCCAUCUUGAUGAUAAUGUCGAAAUUCGAGGGAUUCAUUAGUCUUUCCACAUUGGAGAGGAGAUCUGCAACCAGAUACUACAUUUUCCAGUUCAUCAAUGUGUUCCUCGGCAGCAUAAUCACAGGAACUGCAUUUCAGCAGCUAGACAAUUUCAUCCACCAGUCUGCAACUGAGAUACCAAAGACGGUUGGUGUCUCAAUUCCUAUGAAGGCGACUUUCUUCAUAACUUACAUAAUGGUUGAUGGGUGGGCUGGAGUUGCUGGUGAGAUACUUAGGUUGAAACCUCUGGUAAUCUACCACUUGAAGAACUGGUUCCUGGUAAAGACCGAGAAGGACCGAGAAGAGGCAAUGGAUCCAGGAACAAUUGGCUUCAACACAGGAGAACCGCAGAUACAACUCUACUUCCUACUUGGCCUUGUUUAUGCAGUGGUUUCGCCAAUCUUACUUCCCUUCAUCAUCCUGUUCUUCGCCCUGGCAUUCGUUGUUUAUCGACACCAGAUCAUAAAUGUGUACAACCAGGAGUACGAGAGCGGUGCAGCAUUCUGGCCCGAUGUCCAUGGACGAAUCGUGGGUGCAUUGGUCGUCUCGCAACUGCUGUUGAUGGGGCUAAUGAGCACAAAAGAAGCUGCGCAAUCAACGCCAUUGCUCAUCACACUCCCCGUGUUGACACUGUGGUUCCAUCGCUUCUGCAAAGGCAGAUACGAACCUGCGUUUGUUAAGUAUCCAUUACAGGAAGCGAUGAGGAAAGACACAUUAGAGCGCGCCAAGGAGCCGAACCUCAACCUGAAAAGCUUCCUCCACAGUGCAUAUGUGCAUCCAGCAUUCAAAGAGGUAGACAAUGAAGGCGAUGAGAGCGACGAGGACUUGGUCUCGACGAAGCGCCAUCAAAGUAAACACAGCAGUAAACAUAGUUUUUCAUCUCUGCCCGAGGACCCGGAACGUUCACUGCUUUGAUUCUAAUGACACUCCUUUGUGGAGGAAAAGGGUUUGUCCUUCAAAACUUUUUCCCCACUGUAAAUGCUCUUUCUAGUCUUAAAAUGGUGGGUGAGAGAUGGUGUUGGUGUGUUUUGAAUCAGAUAAGGGGGGCUUUUUUUUGCAAAAGUUUGCUAGUUUGAGGUGUAUAGAGGGAAGCAAUCAUUUUGAGAGGCAUGAUUGACAGAGAAAGAAAAAUAAAGAUAAAAAGAUCCU